AUGGCUUUUGGCUUUGGCAAUUCAGAAAACGCCAUGCUUGAGAGCAACACAGGAGCAGGAGGACUCAUCACUGGGUCCCCUCUGCAGACAAUUCAAACAGAUGAUCUAGGUUUUCUUUCUAUCGCUGGCGACGCAAAGGUUCGCCUUACAUCCCCGUGGGAAUCUCUUCCAUCUUCUACCGCGUCACUGCUCAGUAUCGCUUCGCGCAAAGGUCUUGUCGCUGCUGCUGGGCCCGACCAAGUCGUCAUCGCUACGACCGAGUCAGUCAGAAAAGCCUUCGAAGCACCCCAAGAUGGCGACACCGAUGUCCGCAACUUUGAGCCGCAGCUCAAGAUUCCGAUGCCAAUGCGCGUUUCGCAAUUGUCAUUUACCGCAGAUGAGAACUAUUUGAUUCUUUCGGCGGAAUCUGGAGGUGGAUUGGCUGUCUACGAGGUCCAGAGUCUACUCUCUGGAUCAACAAAUUCCGCCUUUGAGCUGUCAACAAACGGUGAAACGUUGCGCGCUAUGAUACCGAACCCUACACCUGAGAAGGCAGAAUUAUGUGCCAUUGUUACGAACAAUGGUAAUUUGCAUAUGGCGAAUCUCAAAGAGCGACAGAUCAGCAACCCUCUGAAGAACCAGGUUAGCUGUGCCAGCUGGAGCACCAAGGGAAAGCAGCUAUGUGCUGGUCUCGGCGAUGGAACCAUCUUCCAAAUGACGCCGGAAGGAGAGGGCAAAGACGAGAUUCCUAGGCCCCCCAAUAUGGACGACUUUCAUGUGUCGUCUCUCACUUGGCUAGAGAACCACAUCUUCCUGUCUAUCCAUACUUCGAAUAACCAAUCACCACCCAAAUCUAUUUACCACAUUAUCACGCGCAAAGCGCCGUCUUUUACCUUCCAGCAGUUAACCGACCCCGUCGAGCCGUUUGGCUCAGACAAGGCACCACACCACUCAAUCCUACGUCUCCGUGACUUCGCACCUGCUCUACAGGAUAUGCUCAUCAUUGCCUCGACUGCCGUCUCGGAAAUGGGUAUCGUAACCCGGUCCCAGACUCCUCUGGCCACAGACCAGCCUGCCGAAUCCAUUACAGGGGUAUUUACUCUGACAGAAUUCCUGGACGACACCAAGCGACCGACAUUACCAAUGACCGAAUCCAUGGAUGAUGCGGUCCCAGUUGGUAUUGCGCUCGAUCUCUCGAGCAAGGACAAAGUCUACAAGCCUAUUCCUUCAGAUGUCGAGUUGGAAGAGUCGCCCGGUCCACUUCCAGGAUGUUGGGCACUUACACAUGAUGGUGUGCUCUGCGCCUGGUGGGUAGUUUACAAUGAUUCAAUUAGACAAGGCACUUCGUACCCUCAUCUGGCCGUCGUUGAGGGCACGUUUCCUACGACAUCAGCGCCAGCCUCCCAGCCCGCGUCGGCAGCUUCAGCAGCUUCAGCAUCACCCUUCGGAAGUUCUACGGCAUCUGCCUUCGGUUCAACUGCUCAGCUUGGACAAAAGUCAUCUCCCUGGGGCAGUGCCACCUCUACGGCUCCUAGCACAGGAGGUGCUGUGUUCGGGUCAAGUGGUUUUGGCAACGCUGCUCCUUCUGCGGCCCCAGCGUUCGGCAAGCCUAGCGCAAUCGGCUUUGGACAAUCCUCUCAGCUAGGCGCAAAGAGCUCUCCUUGGGCUUCAGCAGCAGGCAGUGCGUCGGCCGCGACUCCUGCCUUCGGCCAGUCGGGAUUCUCAAGUUUUGCGAACAACAGCAAUACGAGCCCCUUUGGAAAGGCAGUGGCUGAUGGCCAGUCGAGCGCUCCUACUUCAGGAGGCUUCGCAGGGUUUGCCAGCAAGGGCGGCUUUGCAUCUGUAAGCAACAAUGGAAAUACCAACGUCUUUGGUAGCGGAAGUCAACCAGCAUCAAGCCCUUUCGGAUCGACAUCCAAUGCAGAGACUGCCUUCCCCGCCAAGCCCUCUUCUGGUAGUCCAUUCGGCUCUACACCUUUCAAACUUCAAAGCUCUUUCAAGCCAGACGGUUCUGCCAAGGACGACAACGCCAAGCCAAGUGGCUCUUUGUUCGGCAGCAACUUUGGAUCUGCCCUUACCGACCCCAACAACAAGCCUGCUGUUGAAACACCUGCACCAAGAGACGACGACAUGGAUACUGCUGGAGCGAUUGAGGAAACUCCUCAACCGAAAUCUAAGGAUACAGUGUUUGGUUCGCAACAGAGCCCUGAGUCUACGACUCCUACUACUACUCCUGCGCCGUCUAAAUUCGGCAUUGCUCCAUCUCCCGCCCCGCAAGCAUCGGCUUUUGGACAACCAUCCAAGUUUGGCUCUGGAAGUGGCCUUUUUGGAAACAAGCCAGAAGCACCGAAGCCUAGCGGUGGCCUUUUUGGGUCGGGCUCAAGUACCCCUAAACCAAGCGGCGGCUUGUUCAGUUCGACAUCUGAUACGCCCAAGGCUGGUGGAGGUUUGUUUGGGUCAUCACAGAACACACCCAGAGCUAGCAUCUUUAACACCCCACCGAAAUCGACUAGCUACACAAGUAUGUUUGGUAAGAAGUCCGAUUCACCCAAGGCCGAGUCUUCUAAGACCAAGCAAGGAGAAGAUGCGCCGUUACCUCCGGAUCCCACCCCAAAGUAUAACCCAUUUGCAUCACCUGCUGCUCCAGCUCAGCCCGAGGCUGCCCCCCUGCCCCCAGACUUUACUUCUAAAACGGCCCGAUCAACAACGAAGUCGGCCGAGGCUGCUGAUGCUCCAUUGCCUCCAGAUUUUGUCAAUGUUUCCAAGCCUACUGUAGCAUCUGAUGCUCCCUUACCACCCGAUCCGGUCAACCCAUUAAAGCAAAGGUCUGUCUUUGACAAGCCAGAAGGUGCCCCUAAGGUACCAUCCAGCCUCUUUCCCGCUGUCACUGGGCCUCCCUCUGAUGAUAGUGACGACGAGGAGGACGAAGAGGAUGCGCAGGAGGAGGAGGGAGAAGAGGAAGACGACAACGGCUCAGAGGGCAGUGGUGUAGACGUGGCCAAAGACUUGAGCCCUGCUCUUUCGCCUGGUUAUACUCCUGAAAGCUCUUUUGGCCGUCCAAGUAAUGCUGUUGGCUCUUCUAACACAAACCAGGAGGGAUCACGAACCCUUUUCGGUGAAAUUCGCAAUGCCCCCUUUUUCCCCCGCCCCAGCGCCAUCAGCCCUCGUUCUCCAAGCCCACUGCGAGGUGCAGUGCCAGAAAGGGUUCAGAGAUCAGAUAGCAUGAGGUCGGUCAGUGCUCCAGGAAUCGCCUCGAAUCUUCUUGGGUCGAGACAGUCUCGAAUGGGAGCCUCAAUCACCAGUAAAGACGCCCCCGCACCCGAAGAUCCGUUUGUGGCACAGCACCGGAAGUUGAAGGCGAAACAGGAGGCAGCUGAGACUCAGCCAUUGGUUGAUGAGGAAGACGAUGAGGUACAUAAGCUGCUGGCAUCGGAAGUUGAAGGAAGUUUGACCAUGGACGAGUUUAUUGCUCACUCAAAUGUCGCCCCCCCUGCUAAGGAGAGCAUCCCAAGUCAAGUUGAAGCUGUUUACCGGGAUAUCAACUCUAUGAUUGACACCCUUGGCUUGAAUGCUCGAACCGUCAAGUCAUUUAUCAAGGGCCACACCGAGAACCGAAAGGAAGGUGGACGGGACAAGGAUGAUCUUGAUAUUCCUGAAGAUUGGGUUCUUUGCGAGAUUGAUGAGCUGGGAGUGGUUUUGGAUAACGAGCUGCACAGUGAUCUCGAGGAUGGACGUGUUCGUGAUUUGGACGAUAAACUCGAUGCCUGCCACGAACUCACCAGAGAUAUGCACCGCCUUCGGGCUAAGCAGGAAGAUCUGAAGCAGAUCCUGAUGAUCAGAUCCGACCCAGAGCAGGCGGAAGUAACAAAGUCCAUGCCCCUUACUGCAGAGCAAGCAACACAACAGAACGAGCUGAGACGGGAGUUUGCCAAGUUUUCGAAGCUCUUGGCUGAGGCCGAAGAAGCCUUGACACUGCUAAAGACCAAAAUGGCAGCUGUCUCGAGUGCUUCUGGCAAGGGCAAAGCCAAUGUUCCCACGGUUGAUGCGGUGCUCCGCACGAUUGGUAAAAUGACAGCCAUGGUGGAAAAGCGCAGCGGAGAUAUCGAUGUUCUCGAAAACCAAAUGCGUAAGGUUACUCUUAACCCUGCCAGCCGAGAAGGAUCCCCAAUGGUCACCCCUCAGGCAAGGCGUAGCGUCAUGUUCUCUCCCGAAGGAACCCCUGUCCGCAAUCUCCGUCACAGCUUUGCAGCCAGUAUGUCUCUAGGCGCAUCCGCACGAGCUACUACCCCACGCAAGAAGCUCAGUGGUUACAGCCAAGAGGAGAAGAGUGGACUGAUGCAACAGCGAGCACGUCGAAAAGCUGUCCUAGGCAAGUUGAAGGCCAGCGUCGAAAAACAAGGUGUUAGUGUUUGGACUAUGGAGGAUAUCGAAUAA